AUGGCAAACGCUUACCUGCAAGGAGUAGAGAUCUCUGCAUCACAGUUCCUGGAUAUUUUUCACCAUUAUGAUAACGAUGGUAAUGGAUAUAUUGAAGGGAAGGAGUUGCAGAGUUUUAUAAAAGAACUUCAGCAAGCUCGAAAACAGGCAGGACUUGAGCUUACAGACCAAAUGAAGGCUUUUGUACAGGAAUAUGAGAAAAAUACAGAUGCCAAAAUUGGAAUUGUUGAGCUAGUACAAAUAUUGCCCACAGAGGAGAACUUCUUGUUAUUUUUCCGGCAACAAUUGAAGUCUUGUGCGGAAUUUAUGCAGGCUUGGCGAUGUUAUGAUGCAGACCAUAGUGGCUACAUUGAAGCAGAUGAGCUGAAGAACUUUUUGAAAGAUCUGCUUCAGAAGGCUAAGAAACCAUAUGACGAGAAGAAGUUAGAUGAGUAUACACAUACCACACUCAAAAUAUUCGACUCAAACCACGAUGGGAAGUUGUGUUUGGCAGAAAUGGCAAGGCUGCUACCGGACGAGGAGAACUUUCUACUCAAGUUUCAGAAUGUGAAGAUGGCGAGAAGAGAGUUCAACAAGAUCUUUGAGUUAUAUGAUCAGGAUGAGAAUGGCUAUAUGGAUGAGAAUGAGCUGGAUGCCCUCCUCAAAGAUUUGUGUGAGAAGAACAAGAAGGUGCUGGAAGUCAACAAAAUCCCCACAUAUAAGACCGCCAUUAUGGCGCUAUCAGACGGGGGCAAGCUGUACAGGACAGAGCUAGCGCUGGUGCUCUGUGCUGAGGACAUUUCAGCCCCUGCACCCUUAUAA